AUGACGACUUCUAUAGAAUCUCUAUCUCCUUCUUCAAUCAAAGAGAGAUCGCCAAGCUUGAUGGGAUCUUCAUCCCCGAUCUUCAGUCCGUCUUCCGAUAAGAGAUUCUGGAGUACCCUACGCAGCCGGGUCGACUCGCUUCUAGAGAAUCGAAAGCCUUUAGAUCAGUCUUUGCCCGUUCAAAUGAAUGAUGAAGCAAUGCCACGGCAGAAGAGAUUGAAGGAAGACUCCAUGCUUUUGCUCCGAGGGUUUGACUCUGUUUCUCAGUCUCUUUCUCAGCUUUCUCAUAAUCUUGAGAAUGCUCUACAGGGAGCAAAAGAUCUUGCUAGACCUCCCACAUUGACUGAAAUGCUUCAGGCCACACUGGAAAAAGCCAGAAGUGAAGAAGACAAGCUGAAAAACGAAAAUAAAGAUGAAGAGGAAGAGGAAGAAGCAAAAGAGAGUGAAGAAAACAAAAGAGGACUGAAAAGGAUGUUGGAUUCUCCAGAAUGUCCUCAGAAUCAAACAGAGGAUUCCCAUAACCAAAAUGCACAGAGCCCAAAAGAAUUGGGGCAGCUCAAUAGAGCUAAAAAUCUGGCAAUUUCUAUGGCAACAAAAGUGGCCGGCUUGGCAAGAGAAUUGAAAUCAAUCAAGUCAGAUUUAAGGUUUACGCAAGAAAGAUGCUGUCUUUUAGAGGAAGAGAACAUGAAACUUCGUGAUGGAUUUGGUAAAGGUAUCCAGCCAGAGGAAGAUGAUUUGGUAAGGCUUCAACUGGAGGCACUUCUUGCUGAGAAAUCGAGAUUGGCAAAUGAAAAUGAGAACUUGAAAAGGGAAAACCAAUGCCUCAACCAGCUUCUGGAGUACCAUCAGCUCACUUCACAAGAUCUCUCUGCAUCUUAUGAGAAUCUAGUAAGGGGAAUGUCCUUAGACUUUUCAUCUCCAGCAGAGGAGUCUGAUACUAAUGGAGAUUACACAGAAGAUGCAAAAACACCAAUAACUGAUAUAUUAGGAGUCUCCAAAUCAUUGAACGAAUGCUAUGCUGAAGAGCAAGAUCAAUAG